AUGGAGGAUCAAUUUGAGACUGAAAAUACACAAUCUGAAGAGCAGCUUAGCACAACAGGAGAGUCACUUGACAUUAUUGACCCUUCAAUUGAUCAAACUGCUUAUAAAAAAGACAAAAACUGCAUAAUUUGCAACGUUAAAUUCGGCAAAGGCUCUUUAGCGCAUUCUCGAAAAUAUUUAUGCAAGUUUUGUUAUAGAGGAGUCUGCUUUAAUUGCUCAAAAAAUCGUAUUCAUGACCAAAGAUGCUGCGAUAACUGCUACCCUAAGCAAACUCAUUCAAAUCAAAAAGAGCCCGAAGAUCACACUACAAUAGAGCAAUUAAAAAGAAAAAUUAAAAUUCUUGAAGAAAAACUUGAAAUAGAGCAAAUCAAUAUUAAUCAAAAUAAAGAAAAAAUAAUAGAAGCCGAAAAUAAUUGCGAUAAAAAAGAUAAAGAAAUUCACGAGCUUAAAGAAAAAAUAAAAGAAAUGGGAAUUCAAUGAGAAAAUAUGGGCAACGGUAUUGAUAAAACCUUAGAAAGAAAUUCACAACAGGUAGAUUUAAUUCAAAAUGCUGAAAAAGAAAUUGAGGAAUUAAACGAAAAAAUUAUUAUGAUGAAUGAUGAAAAAAGUCAGUUAAAAAAUAGACUUUUUAAGCUAGAAAAAGAACUAGCUGAAAAAAAUAAAGAAAAUAAUGAAUAUAUGAACCAAUUAAAAGAGCUUAAAGCACAACUUCAAGAGUACUCGAACAACUCAAUAAAAGAUUAUUCAACUGAAAAUGAAAUUUUAAAAGAACAAAUAAGAGAGCUGCAAGCAGAACAAGAAUGCCAUAAUAAAGAUCUUAUUGAUGCUUUAGAAGUCUUAAGAUUACAAAUCACAAAUGAGCAUGAAGAAAACAUAAAAUUACGAGAAUUUAUUGAGCAACAGCAGGAUACUGAAGAAUUAGAAGAGCUAUUAGGAGCAGAAAGGAAAAAAGUCAGAGAGCUUGAGGAAGAAAGAAAAAUUUUACAAAUGAAACUCGACAGAGAAAGGGAAAGAGAAAGAGAAUAUAACGAAGAAAAGAAAAUUGAAGAAAUGUCUACUGAAAUCACUGCUGAGAAACGUUGUAAAUGUCAAUUAUUUUAA